AUGCCCUCUUUUAUCGCCCUAGCCAUACUUGCGCUCGUCCUCUUCCCUAUCGUCAACACAUACUUCAACUUUCACCGCAACCUGAACCGCGCCAAACGGUCUGGUAUUCCAUAUGUUGUUGUUCCAGUCUACUAUCUUAAUCGGUGGUGGAUGAUAACCCAUCGGCUGUACCUCCCAUUGUUGGCCAAGUUGCCACGCAGAUGGACCGGAUGGGUAGACUUCUGCGUCCCGGAUUUUGAUUAUCGAUGCAGCAUUGAAAUCUUCCAGCGGGUGGGACAUGACACGUUUCUCACUGUUGCCCCGGGCGGUAUGAUGCUGCACACCUCCGAGCCCGCCGUCAUCAACCAGAUCACCACGCGGAGGAAUGAUUUUCCUAAACCUACGGCCAUUUACCGCUCACUGGACAUCUACGGCAAAAAUGUCGUUUCCACCGAGGGCACCUUAUGGCGUCAGCACCGGAAAGCGACCAGCCCACCAUUCACCGAGAAGAACAAUCACCUUGUUUGGGCGGAGAGCAUUGACCAAGCUUCCGACAUGCUAGCUACCUGGGUCGGCCCGGAUGGGAAAGGCGAUUUCACCGUUGACCGAGUCAUGGACGAUACCAUGCGCCUCAGCCUGCAUGUUAUCAGCAGAGCGGGUUUUGGACGGAAGCUGCAGUGGCCUUCUGCAAACGCAAAGGCAGACAUUGACGCCAAUUAUGUCGACAACUCGAAGAUCCAGAAUCAACGGGACGGCCGGGAUCCUGGGCAUUCAAUGAGCUACACCUACGCCAUCCAUUGCCUGCUGGACAAUAUCCUACUACAGUUCCUGAUUCCGCGAUGGCUCAUGGAACGAAUCCCUUCCAAGAUCUUCAAGAAGGCCAACGAGGCUUACUUCGAAUGGGGCAACUACAUGAAAGAAGCUGUCGCGUCCAAGAAGGAAAGCCUUGAGGCUGGCGACGAGAGCAAAGACCAGAUGGAUAUCUUGGGUCAGUUGGUCAAAGGCCAGGUUGCUUCGCAAAAGGGCAAAGAUGUUCCUCUCACGGAUCCUGAAAUCCUGGGUAACAUGUUUGUGAUAAUUCUCGCCGGUCACGAGACGGCCGCUAACUCGAUUCAUUUCUCCCUGGUGUAUCUGGCUCUCUUCCCCGAGAGCCAAAGAGCUGUGCAAAGGGAUCUCGAUCGCAUAUUCCAAGGUAGGCCGCCCUCUGAGUGGGACUAUGAUCGUGAUUUGCCUGCUCUUUUCGGUGGAAUGGUCGGUGCGGUAUUGGCGGAAGAAUUGCGGCUGGUUCCGCCUGUGAUAGGGAUACCUAAGUCGACUUGGGGGGUAGAGGAUCAACCACUUACGGUGGAAGGCAAGCCUUGUACGGUUCCGAGUGGAACAUACGUGAUCCUUUCCACGAGCAAUGUCCACCGAAACCCGAAAUAUUGGCCAACGGGCAAACCCACCUUGCCUGGAGGAAAGCCAGUACACCCUUUAGCAAAUAUUGACAACGACCUGGAGGAGUUCAGACCACAGCGGUGGUUGUUGGAUGAAGACGGCGCGAUCCAGACCACGUCGGCUACUGGGAAAAAAGAUAUGCCGAGUGAAGCAGUCACGGCAGAUGGCCUGGGAGUCAACGAGGCAUCGGAUACCUCAGAACGACUGUACCGCCCGCCAAAGGGUUCGUAUCUACCUUUCAGCGAUGGCUAUCGUGCCUGUCUGGGAAGACGAUUUGCGCAGGUCGAAGUUCUAGCAACGCUGGCGGUGAUCCUGCAAAAUUACUCAGUCGAAUUGGCGGUGGACCAGUGGGCAAGCGACGAGGAGGUGAUUGCCAUGGACGAGGAUGCUCGCGUCGAAGUGUGGCAAAAAGCAGCAAAUCGAGCGAGGGAGAUGAUGCUCAACGGGCUGAGCGUGAUCAUCUCGUUGCAGAUGAGAAAGGGCCAUGUUAGUAUGCGGUUCGUGCCCAGAGGAACGGAGAAGUUCAUGGACGACGUGGAUGAGAAAUGGAAGCAGAAGCAUCCCGACUUAUGUCUGGGGAUGAAGGCAGUUCCCGACUGGAGAUUCUGGGAUUGA